AUGAAUGGAAGAAGAGGUGGGAUGUAUGUCAAUGAAUGGAAGAAGAGGUGGGAUGAAAGUCAACGAAUGAAAGGAGAUGUAAGACGAUUUUUGGUUCAGUUAAGUUUGACAAGUACUGAAGACAAAUGUCCUUAUGAGGGUGAAAAAAGACUGAACAACGAUAAAGGGAAAGAUUAUGCUGUAGUGAACCCAGAUAUUCCAGGAGCCUAUAACAUUUAUCCAGAACUUCCAACAAAAGUAGACGGAGAUUCUGGAGAGAAUUUUAUUAUUUAUUUGAUAGGAAAUGGCACUCGAUGUUUAAUUUCCGUUUAUGUAAAAAUUCUUAGGUGUAAACAGGAAGUCAGCAAUAUAAGUGACUAUGAAGGUGGCACAAACUGCUCCAACCUGAUAUGGGGGAAAUCAUGUAAUGCUGCCUGUUCUGAUGGUAAAGUGUCUGUUGGUGGACCAGCAGUGUAUACAUGUGAAAUGGAUAAUAGUAACAGGACUUUUCUACAGUUAGAUAACCCUGCUGUAUGUCAAGAUUCUACCUAUGCUUUGAAAUGUCCCAAAGAUGUGACAAUCUACACGGAUUCAACUUACAGUAGCUCUGCAUCCAUCACAUUAGAUAAAUGGACUAUUCCAACUUCAUUAGAUGGUGAUGGAAAGCCUUGGACUGUUGAAAGCCAAACUGCAAAGGAAAAAAAUUAUGAAAUUGGCAGAUAUACCAAUGUAGUGGCAGCUACGAGUUCAACAGGGGAAAUCAGUUCUUGCAAAUUUGACUUCAUUAUUAAACGAUACGGAUGUACAGUUCCUGAAGUGCAUGAUUCUACAAUAGAAGGUGCUACACCAAACCGUACAUAUCAUAUUUCAACCUAUGGGCAGAAAAAGAUCUGCAAACAGGGCUAUGCUUUGAAACCAAAAGAAAAUUACCGUGACUUUGUUAGAGUAGAAUGUGUAGAAAUAUCACCUGGACAUACAGAGUGGAAAAAUUGGUACAGUCGAAACUGUACAAAAAAUGAAAUACCGAAAAUCUGUGGUAGAGAGGUUAAACUUGAUGGAAGAGAAACAGAAGUUGUCUAUUUCAGCUAUGAUUUUAUGGAAUGGAAGAGCUUAGUUGAACAGAAUAUAACGUCUUGCAAGUUUGGUGCUAUUGUGAAUGUUGAUAAACCAUCAAUGUAUGAUCUGGAAAUGACAUUUCAAACAGACACAUCUACACUAAUUACAGCUGACAAAUGUUUCUUUGAAGUCUUAUUAUAUGCUGGUGAAUCAUCACUUGGUACCCCAAUGAAAAAGUUUGAUUGCAACCUUAGGGGAUCUGUUAAAAUAAGAUGGCCAACACUAGAUUUUACAUUAGUUUUCCGAGUUUUGGACAGUUUCAAGUCUCAACAAAAUACAGAUUUGACAGGAAAUGGAACAAUACUUUUCUCAAUGAAAGAGUGUUCUAACUGUGCUCUCUCAGAUUUAACAGGUCUUGAUCUUAUGGAAUCUGAUAUACCAUCUUUCAAAUGUAAGUAA